UAUCGAUGCGAACAGACGUGUUGAAAUUAUAAUUAAAUAAUAUACAAAUUAAAAUCGUGUGCAAUAUGCAUUGACCUCGAUAUUGACAAACUGUGUCAUGCGAUGUUCUUUGCUUGUGUAGUGCAAGUAGUUAUGACGUCAAAGUGUUUAAACAACUUUAUUCAUUAUGAGUGCUAAUAACAGUCCGUUUGGCAGAAGUUCCAAAAUUCAGCGUUCCCCGCCAUCAACACCAGUGCCACCGAAUACCGGAAAUGAAAAUGCACAACCAACGAGCUCAAAAGACCAGACCAGUCUUGACCCGGUACCAACAUCAGAGAUCCAGAACUGGAUGAGCACCAUAGAUAAAUCUCUUAGUGAAAUCUGCAGCAUAUCGACGGAAGGCAAAUUGAACUCCGACCAAAAACUCAGGAUCCACAAUCUUUGCCGAAAGGUUUCCCACGGUUCCGCAAACUUGGCAGUUCUUUACCAAGGCCUUAAAGCAAAGGCACUCGUUAACCACUGCACUCUUCAGACGCUUCAAGGAAAACAAGACCUAUCAGACAGUUUCCGAGCCCUCAAGGACAGUAUCGAUAACACUAACAGACCGGCCACACACGCACUUUCUUUUGCCGAUAUGGUGAAAACCAGUAAGAACAAAAACUAAAUUCGUCCUAAUAAUUUGAGCUCAGUCGCAAUUUAUCCUAAAGAUCAGUCGAAGUCAAGCGAGGAAACGAAAAACCUAGUACAAAAAAUUAUUAAUCCUGAAGAAAUGAAACUACACGUAAGAGCGCUGCGUAAAGUUAAAAAUGGCGGUGUUAUCAUCAGCACUGAUACUAAGGACGACAUAGAAAAAUUGAAAUUGACAUUUAAAAACACAUCCCCGAAUCUCACCAUCGAUGAACCCUUCAAGCGCAGGCCCAGAGUUGUAAUAGUAGGCGUACCAUCGGCUCUACGGGAACAAGAGGUCUACAGUUGUUUAUAUGAACAGAAUAUAGCCGACAAGUUUCCAGACCUAACUCGGGAAAAUUUCUUAGCGUCUAUCAAAUUAAGCCAUAAGUCGGGUAAGAAAGAUGCAGAGUCCUGUAACUACGUGUUAGAAGUUCCAGCCUAUAUACGACGAGCUCUCAUAUCUCAGAACCGAGCUUUCAUCAACUGGUCAUCGUGUCCUGUCAGAGACUUCACAACUGUUACAAAGUGUUUCAAGUGCCAUUUUUACGGCCAUGCUGCCAAAACAUGCAAGCAAUCAGAGCCCACCUGUGGACAUUGCAGUAAUUUAGGGCACUCGGACAAGGAUUGCCCGUUUAAAGCAGAAUAUCCCAAAUGCGCAUCAUGCAGUCUCUUUAAAAAACCCAAUGGUCAUAUAACUGGAGACCCUGACUGUCCCGUCAGGAAAAUGGCCGAACGACGGUACAUAAACUCAAUUGAUUAUGGGGAGGGCUAA